GCCCAGUGUGUGGUUCCGGGACCCACCUCGACUAGCAGUAGGAGUGUGUCCCUGACGGAAUCUUCGGGCUAUGGAUCGACCUGGCUGGACAGCCUCGCUGGUGGCUGGUGGAGUAGCAGGUGUUUCUGUUGACUUGAUAUUAUUUCCACUGGAUACCAUUAAAACCAGGCUACAGAGUCCCCAGGGAUUUAAGAAGGCUGGUGGUUUUCGUGGAAUAUAUGCUGGCGUUCCUUCUGCUGCUAUUGGAUCCUUUCCUAAUGCUUCUGCCUUUUUUAUCACCUAUGAAUAUGUGAAAAGUUCUUUGCACACUGAUUCCUCUUCAUAUUUGGUGCCUAUGAAGCAUAUGUUGGCUGCCUCUGCUGGAGAAGUGGUUGCCUGUCUGAUUCGAGUUCCUGCUGAAGUUGUUAAGCAGAGGGCACAGGUAUCAGCUUCUUCAAGAACAUUUACCAUUUUCUCUAACAUCCUAGCUGAAGAGGGCAUCCAAGGACUAUAUCGAGGCUACAAGAGCACAGUUUUGCGAGAGAUUCCUUUCUCAUUGGUCCAGUUUCCUUUAUGGGAAUCCUUAAAAGCCUUGUGGUCCUGGAGGCAGGACCAUGCGGUGGAUUCUUGGCAGUCGGCGGUCUGCGGAGCUUUCGCAGGCGGAUUUGCAGCUGCAGUCACCACACCUUUGGACGUAGCGAAAACAAGAAUUAUGUUGGCAAAGACUGGUUCCAACACUGCGAGUGGGAACGUGCUGUCUGCACUGCAUGGAGUGUGGCAGGCACAAGGGUUCUCAGGAUUAUUUGCAGGUGUCUUCCCUCGCAUGGCAGCCAUCGGUCUGGGCGGGUUCAUCUUUCUCGGGGCUUAUGACCAGACUCGCAGCUUGCUAUUGGAACUUGGCACAGAGUACCCAUGAAUCAGACAGCCCCAUAUCCAUUCUUUCAAGAUGAAGCUGCUGUCAGGACCGUCUCCCCUUCCGGUGAACAGCUGCUCAGCCAUCUGAAUACCAGAGCGCACAUGGCUGAAACCCAGUUCUGAUAAGAGGAGGACAUGGAGAUACUUCUUCUAUGCUGCAGGCCAAUGACGUCAUCAGCUUAUUUUGCCAAAAAGUUGAGAGGAAAAAGACUUUGGAAUAGUUUUUCUCAGAACCCCUUAGUAAGUAGUAAGCUGCUUAAUCCAAGUCCAGCUUUCUGUGUCUGCUCUUUCAUUCCCUGCUACUUAACAGCACUGUGUCAUGGAAGAUAUUUAAAAAUGAAGACUAGGAGGAAAGAUGUGGGUCUUUCUCCCUGGUUUAAUCCCUAUUAUGUAAACUUAAUAGUUUUGCUUCAAGGAGAACUACAGGUGCAUAACUAGGCUGCUGUUUCUGAUUGCCCUCAGGUUUCACCUGAAGAACACAACAUUAUUCUGAUUUACAAAGAAAUGUCAGCAGCCACUGACCAGGUGGCCCAACUGGCUUCAGGGCCUGGGCAACUCAUUUCUUCAUCCCAAAUCAGUAAGGUUAGUUGCCUGCUAGCUUUAAGCCUAACACUGGCCAGGGAAAGGACAAGAUGGAAAAUUACCACCGAGGCACUUGUCUAAUAAGCUCCAGGUGUUAGAAACAUUUAGCGAGAAAUCUCAAGAAUCUAGUGGUGUCGGGUCUCCCCUAGAGCAAUAAUAGCAGAGUAUUCUGUUUUGGGGAAAAGGUAAUUAAAGGCAGAAUGACUACUUUGUAGGGGCAGCUCUGGAAUUAAACCCAGCCCUGCUGGUUAAUGCAGGCAGUGGAAUGACCCCAGUCACACAAUUCAUGUUUAUAAAUGAACCUUUAUUAAAGACACUUCAUUGCCAUUUGUUAGACACUUCAAUAUUUUUUAGUUUUUUUCAAUGUACAUUAUACCAAAAUUCUAUAAAUAAAUAACUUUUUAUGUACAAAGUAAUACUUCCUCUUUCACAUUGCCUCUCAGAAGCAGCAAAUUCACAUAUUUUGUGGAAGUAACAUUAAACUGUUGAAAACAAAA